AUGGCGCUAUGGAUGGAAGCAGGGUCGGAACCCAAAACACAGAGCGAGAUUGCUGACCUUCAAGCUAUCUCCGCUCUUAAACACUCUACUGCUCUGGAACUCAAGGAGAAAGGUAAUGAGUAUGUCAAGAUGGGCAAAAGGCAUUAUUCUGAUGCUAUCGAUUGCUACACGAGGGCGAUAAAUCAGAAAGCUCUUAGUGAUUCUGAGAACUCAAUCGUUUUUUCAAAUAGAGCCCUUGUUAAUCUACUGCUGGGAAAUUAUAGGCGUGCUCUUACAGAUUCUCAGGAAGCAAUUAAGCUUUGUCCAACCAAUGUUAAGGCACUGUAUCGAGCUGCCAAGGCAUCCCUGUCAUUGAAUUUGUGUGUCGAGGCAAAAUCUUAUUGUGAAAAUGGACUUGAGCAAGACCCAAAUAACGAAGAACUGAAAAAACUUGCCAGGCAGAUAAAUUUACUGAAGAUGGAACAGGAUAAGCGUGACGCUGAAGUUUCAAAGGCUGUGUUAGAGGCUAAGGACCUACUUUCUGCAAUUGAAGAUAGGGGGUUGAAGAUUGGGAAGGCAAUGUUUCAAGAACUUAUUGGAUUGAGGAAACCAGUACUUGAUAAAAAUAAAAUUCUUCACUGGCCAGUUCUUCUUUUGUAUGCAGAGGUUAUGUCCAGUGACUUCAUUGAAGGCUUCUGUGAAACAGACAUGUUUUCAGCUCAUCUUGACAUGAUAUCCAUUUUACUAGAAUUCUUUUCUCCACCAUUGCCAUGGGAUACAGAAAACAAUUAUACUCGUGAAGCUGUUGAAUUAUACUAUGAGGCUGGUUCUGGAGUUCCUUUUUCCAAGAAAAAAAUGUUUCAUUAUCUACUAGAAGGGACUGCAGGUGGCAAUGUGGAAAAUGUUGAUAUAGAGAAGGAUGCCGUUGAAAGCCAUGGUGCAGGAAAGGGCUCUUCAAAAUGGGUAAAAGUAAAUGAAAAGAGAAUGCUUACUGAUGUUCUGAAAGAAUCUGACUUCAUUAUCUCAGGGAUCCCAGUUUUUUAUGUCGUUUCAAAGCGCUCCAGCUUUUAUAUAGAGUUCAAAGCUGGCAAAUGGGCUCUUCCACCAUGA